AUGUCCCUGCAGGGCGCUCUCCCAGCGGGAAGCGUGGGAAUCUGGGCACACCCGUUGGGCGACCCACGGCGAGCCAGCACGUCCAACGCUCAUCCCCACUCCUGGACUGCCAUGACGAGGUCAUCGUGGUCCACAACGGUAUCGUGGAGAACUACCUGGAGAUCAAGGACGAGCUGGUGGACGAGGGGCACGCGUUCGCAUCUGAGACGGACAGCGAGGUGA